GUCUGCUGUGUUAGAAAUGAAAACACCCGUCUCAGCUCUCAGACCCCAGUCCCUGUGUGGAUACAACAACACAUUCCUCUUGGCGUCUUCUCCUCUUCUUCCACGUGAGCGAUGGACCAUGAAGUUAUUAAAGAGAGGAAGGUUUUACGACCAACGUCCUGAGUAACAUUGUUGGCAGAGAGAUCUGUGGUUGGUGACCCUGUGGGUGAGUCUAUUAUCUUUGAUCUAUUCCUGUCCUACAGCACAGAUGAGGGGCGGCAGGGUAGCCUAGAGGUUAGAGUGUUGGAUUAGUAACCGGAAGGUUGCAAGUUCGAAACCCCUGAGCUGACAAGAUGGAUGAGUUGCAACUGUUAUAUCUAUAGUAACAGUAUGGUCCUAGACAGUAUCAACACAGCCACCAACUCUCUCAAGAUGAGUCUAAUGGAUGUCUCCAAGAUCUUCUCUCUGCUUCAGCCCAAGGAAGAGGAUGAGGAGGACAAUGAGCAUGGCCAGGCUCUGAACCAGGCAGUGAGCAGUGAUGACGUGGUGGUGUUAGCUGAGCUGUUGUCCCAGGAGAGCUACAGAAAGUCUAUCAACAGCAGAAGCGGCUGGGGGAUCCCAGUUACCCCCCUACGGACCUCCGCAGCACACGGACACCUGAGGUGUCUGGAACUCCUGCUGGAGCACGGAGCGGAGGUGGACAGUCUAGAUGUGAAGGCCCAGACCCCUCUGUUUACAGCGGUCAGUGGUAAACAUCUGGACUGUGUUGUGGUGUUACUGAAGGCUGGAGCCGACCCCAACGGCAGCCCGUACAACAACUGUUCCCCGGUGCUGACCGCCGCCCGCGAGGGAGACGUGGAGGUCCUCAGGGAGCUGCUUCAGUCCGGAGCCGAGGUCGACGUCUGGCCCAAAGUCCCUGAGUGGGCCUCCAACGCCACAGCCUGCAGGGGACCCCUGUACAUAUCCGCUGUAUAUGGACACCUGGACUGUUUCAAGCUGCUGCUGCUCCACGGGGCUAAUCCUAACUAUAACUGUAAGUCAGAGAAGAUGCUGGCCAGGAUCAAGCAGCCCAAGACGGUCCUGGAGAUGUGUCUGAGGUAUGGCUGUAAAGUGGAAUACAUACAGCUGCUCAUAGACUUUGGGGCAGACGUGUAUCUGCCCACGCUGAUUAUUGACAAGACCACCAAGCAGAACGAAGCGGUGGCUCUGCUGCUCAAGGAGAGAGUAGAGAGGCCCUAUAGCUCUCGAGCCUUCGCUCCACGCCUGAAGUCAAGUUUGUCCCAAUACUCUGAUGUCACAGACACGGCUCGCGAUUCGGAGACACCUCCCCGUGGUUAAUACAAUGACAUCCAUAGACUGCUUGGACAUUCCCCAGAUACUGAGGAACUACCUGAAACAUCUCCCCUGACCUCUAUCUCCUGACCUAUGAACUCUGUAUGAUGAGGAUGAUGUCACAAAUGGAUACCCUAUAUGGCUGUGUAUCGAUAUGGGAUUCCUCUGCUUCAUCGCCACUGUUCUGAAAACACAUUUUAGGUGAAAGCAAUAUGGAGGAGGAUUUCUGCAAAAUGUAAACAAAAAGUGUGAUAAUUUCAUACGGUCUUCUACUGUCUCUACUGAGUGUGUCAUGGGCUGCAAAGUCCAGUUUGUUCUCUUUUUAUUGGAAGUGUGAAUAAUAAUUAUGCCAAGUUUGCCUUUGAAUAGUUGUAGAGGUUUAAUUAGAAGAAACACAUUUAUUUAACUUAAUCUCUGUGAUUGAAUUCAGCAAACCGUGCGUAAAUGUAAUCAUUGGAAAUUGGUUGAAGUCUACUGAAACCAUUGUGAAGACACUGCCCUCUUCUGGACAGUUAUAUAAGUGCACAGAGCUUCAGGAGAAACAUUUUGUAAGUGUAAAACCACAAGUAACCACUAGGUGUCAGACUACCACAGUAAAUGUAUUCUCCGUCUAUGAAAUCACUGCUCACCGUUUGGAAGUCAUCUUUAGUCAAGCUAAAAAACAAUGUAAUUUGUGGAAUCUCUCUCACAUUAUGAGUGACCUUGCUGAAGACUGAAGUAAGUUCCCUGAGUUAAUUCUGAGGCUUUAGCUCAAUGACAUAGUCUUGUGGAUUGCGAUAAGACCCAGGUUCAAACCCAAUCAUUCAAUCCCAGGUUCAAACCCAGUCAGUCAAACCCAGGUUCAAACCCAGUCAUUCAAACCCAGGUUCAAACCCAGUCAGUCAAACCCAGGUUCAAACCCAGUCAGUCAAACCCAGGUUCAAACCCAGUCAGUCAAACCCAGGUUCAAACCCAGUCAGUCAAUCCCAGGUUCAAACCCAGUCAGUCAAACCCAGGUUCAAACCCAGUCAGUCAAACCCAGGUUCAAACCCAGUCAGUCAAUCCCAGGUUCAAACCCAGUGGGUCAAUCCCAGGUUCAAACCCAGUCAGUCAAACCCAGGUUCAAACCCAGUCAGUCAAUCCCAGGUUCAAACCCAGUCAGUCAAACCCAGGUUCAAACCCAGUCAGUCAAUCCCAGGUUCAAACCCAGUCAGUCAAACCCAGGUUCAAACCCAGUCAGUCAAACCCAGGUUCAAACCCAGUCAGUCAAUCCCAGGUUCAAACCCAGUCAGUCAAUCCCAGGUUCAAACCCAGUCAGUCAAACCCAGGUUCAAACCCAGUCAGUCAAUCCCAGGUUCAAACCCAGUCAGUCAAUCCCAGGUUCAAACCCAGUCAGUCAAACCCAGGUUCAAACCCAGUCAGUCAAACCCAGGUUCAAACCCAGUCAUUCAAACCCAGGUUCAAACCCAGUCAGUCAAUCCCAGGUUCAAACCCAGUCAGUCAAACCCAGGUUCAAACCCAGUCAGUCAAUCCCAGGUUCAAACCCAGUCAGUCAAACCCAGGUUCAAACCCAGUCAUUCAAACCCAGGUUCAAACCCAGUCAGUCAAUCCCAGGUUCAAACCCAGUCAGUCAAACCCAGGUUCAAACCCAGUCAGUCAAUCCCAGGUUCAAACCCAGUCAGUCAAUCCCAGGUUCAAACCCAGUCAGUCAAACCCAUGUUCAAACCCAGUCAUUCAAACCCAGGUUCAAACCCAGUAGGUCAAUCCCAGGUUCAAACCCAGUCAGUCAAACCCAGGUUCAAACCCAGUCAGUCAAUCCCAGGUUCAAACCCAGUCAGUCAAACCCAGGUUCAAACCCAGUCAGUCAAUCCCAGGUUCAAACCCAGUCAGUCAAACCCAGGUUCAAACCCAAUCAGUCAAACCCAGGUUC